AUGGGUGAUCAGGCUCACCCUGGUGGCAUUCCUCCCUACCCUACUGGUCAACCGGGCUAUCCAGUAGCUUCCGGAGGUCAGCCACCCUAUCCCACGAUGAAUACGACAGCACCACAACCGGGUGCCAAUUGGGCACCAGGAGCACCUGGGAGCGGUUGGGGUGGCCAAAGUUCACCUCCACCACCCUAUCCGGGUUCAUAA